AUAACACAACUCAACUCAACUCAACUGAGGAAAAAAUACAUUUAAAAAAAAAAAAAAAACACAAAAAACGACAGUAGUAAACACUUGGAAGUCCUAAAGGCCAAUGGCGGCAUCUCCGACUCCGACUAACGCCCACUCCCCAACCGAAACCCUAACCGCCUCCGACCCCAUCCCAACCAAAGGCCAGCCGUCCGAUUCCACAUUCGCCGCCGACGCCACAGCUAACGGCGAGAAGCGCAAGAGGGAGGCAGACCAAGCUGAGGAGAACCACGAGCUUUCCUCCUCUCACCCUCUGUGGAAGUCGAGCCUCUGCUCCUUCUUCAGGCGUCAGUCGGGCUCCUGCAGCCACGGCGCCGCCUGCCGCUACGCCCACGGCGAGGACGAGCUCCGGCCCCGCCCCGACAACUCCUGGGAUCCCACCUCCGAGCGCGCGAAGAAGCUCGCCAAGAAGUCCGACGUCGACGGAGAUAAAUGUGGGGCCAACGAAGAUGUCAUGAUGACGGAGGAUGUGGUCGCCGACGAGGACGGCGAUGGCGGUGGGUCGGAUCCUGGGCUCAGCAAGUGCUUGGUUCAUCUGCCUAGAAAGUGGAGGUCCGAUGAUUUGAAUCGCUUUCUUAGCGAACAGGGAAUUCCUUGUAAAUCUGCAAAGAAGAAGAAGGGCAUGACCGUCGGCUUCGUGAGUUUCGAAAGUGUGGAACAGUUAAAAGGCGCUCUGGAGGAGCUGGAAGGAAAAUCUUUUGGCAACAAGGGAAUAAAGGUCGCAGAUGUCAAACCCCGAUCGUUUGAGAAAAAGAACAUAUCAACAAUGGCUAUCCCUCCAAAUGCUGAGAAAACCGACAAAAUUGCGAUAUCUGGUGAUGUUGUUGAUGUCUCUGUGUCCUCUAAUGGGACUCAGGAUGUUGAUGGCGAUGAAGAGAAUUCAACACUCAAUGGUUCUGCGUCUAGUGGAAAAAGUGCCCGAGAUGUGGUGACUCCCCUUGCCCAUAUGCCCUAUAGUGAGCAGUUGGAGCACAAAAAGAGUUCUCUUAUGCAGAUUCUAAAGAGACUUACUAGAAAUGCACGUAAAGCUUGUCCUAAUGGUGUUUCACUACCAGAAUGGGUUCUCAAGUCUAGGGAAAUAGGUGGCCUUCCGUGCAACUUCGAGGGUAUACUUGCAUCUCCACUUGUAAAUGGAUACCGCAACAAGUGCGAAUUUUCUGUUGGAUAUUCACUACAAGGCAAAAUAACAGUGGGGUUUAUGCUUGGAAAUUUUAGGGAGGGCGUGACAGCAGUUGAAGAACCUGUGGACUGCCCCAAUGUUUCGACAAUCGCAUGCAAAUAUGCUUCAAUCUUUCAGGAGUUUUUGCAGGAUUCUGGCUUACCUGUUUGGAACAGAUUUAAGAAUACUGGCUUUUGGCGUCAAUUAACAGUCCGAGAAGGUAGGAGACCAGAAAAGGUUGCUGAUUCUGCAAAUUCUGAAACCAACACUGCUGAGGUCAUGCUUAUGGUUCAGGUUUCUACCAUGGGGUUUGAUGAUGUGUUAGUAACUAGUGAAUUUGAGAGGCUGGCUCAAGCAUUUGCUGCAGGAGCUGCUGCAAGUUCUGCAUCUUUGCCUCUAACAGCUUUAGUUGUUCAGGAUCAUCAAGGAAUAUCAAAUGUAGCACCAGCCGAUGCACCAUUGCGGUCAUUAACAAUUCCUAAAGUGGAAAUUUCUCCUGAAACGGGGACUAACAUUCUCUCCGAAGCAAGAAUUCACGAUUAUAUAAGCAAUCUAACAUUCAGUAUCUCACCUACAGCUUUUUUCCAGGUUAACACCCUAGCGGCAGAGAAGCUCUACGCUUUGGCUGGGGAUUGGGCUGGUUUGGGCCCUGAUACUUUGCUAUUUGAUGUCUGCUGUGGAACUGGAACAAUUGGACUGACUUUAGCGCAUCGUGUGGGUAUGGUUGUUGGCAUCGAAAUGAAUGCUUCUGCUGUUUUAGAUGCUCAGAGAAAUGCUGAGAUUAAUGGCAUCAAAAAUUGCAGAUUUGUCUGUUCAAAGGCGGAGGAUGUGAUGGGGUCUUUGUUGAAGGAGUACUUGAAUGCUUCUCAGAAACAAGAUGAGAAUCAAAAUAUCUCUGAGAGUGGAGAUAAAGUAAGCUCCACAGCUGAAGAGAAAGAUAUCUCAACGGACAAUGGACAAGACCCUAAAGGGAGCUUAUGUCACUCUGCAGAGAACGUAGCGGAGCAUGGAGAGAGCUCUAGCCAUGAAGUUGAAAAGGUUAAAACUGGAUCUGAUUCAUUGGAAGACGGAAAGCCGGAACCCGAUAGCCAAGUUGAAAGCAACUGCACUUCUGAAAAUGGGAAUCCUUCGGUGCAAUGUUUCAAAAAUGUUGUUGCCAUUGUUGACCCUCCACGCGGUGGACUUCAUCCAACUGUGAUUAAAGCUCUAAGAACUCAUCCACUUCUGCGUAGACUUGUUUACAUUUCCUGCAAUCCCGAAAGCUUAGUGGCGAAUGCUAUUGAGCUUUGCACGCCGUCUGCUGAGAAAAGCGAGAAAGGGAAUAACAAGAACCGAGGAUGGAGGAACAUGAGCGCUGCCGGUCUAGCACGGCACAGGGCCAAGUCCAUGCCGGUCUCGGAGCCCUUCCGGCCUCUAAAAUCCAUGGCCGUCGACCUUUUCCCGCACACGGCACACUGUGAAAUGGUGAUGCUACUAGAGAGAUAAGUAUAUCAGUCCUGUCAGUUAAAAACAGGCCUCGGAAAGAAUUCGCCAAUAAAUUUUGUUGCCAAACGCUUCAGCUUAUUCUUGUUUCCAUCUUCCAAUUUUGCAUUGAUUGUCCUAAUUUAAGCACUGAACCCUGACUACUAAAAUAUUUUGUCACAUAUUUAUUAUACAUUCUCAGGGCCCUUAAAAUGAUAUAAGAAUAUUACAGCAUUCCAUGUUUUCUUUUAUGCCAAAGUCACUGGUUUAACAGUAUUAGGACUUAAUAAUUAUCGGAUGGAUUUGACAAUUGACAUGACUCCAUGUUUGGUGGGAGUUGGACUUAGC